UACUGCUUUAUCAUAGCAACAAGGUCAUUGGUCGACCCUGACAUAAUUUUUGGUAGAAAGAUAAAAAUUGGCAACAUGUCAUUUGGGAAGAUAUCAACUACAAGAGUAGCGAUAAGAGUUUCGCAGCUAAGUUCAAAAAAUUGGCAUAAAAAGCGAAUACCAGAACUCAUCUCUAUCAAUAAAGUGAACCAACUGAAUACCACCAUGCCACUUCAAGUAUCUUGGCUCAGUCUGCUGAUCCUGACAGGAUUCCUAACAUCAAUUGAAGCCGAAGUGUUCCCGCAGUGCGCGAAUGCUCCCUUGGAUACCUUUGUCAUGGCCAUCGAGGACUGCGCUUCGUACAUCUAUUGCAAUGGAGACGACUCCUUCCGAGACAGCUGCCCCGAGUCCACCUACUUUGACGACCGCACCCAGGAGUGUGCCUUCGAUGAUGAGGGUGUGUGCCUAAGGAACUCCGAUUCAGUCCUGACCGAGGAGCUGCCCGACAAGCAGGCCACUGGUGAGGAGCAGGAUGGGAUCGAUGGCACCACUCCCGUCCCAACAAAUGCCUCUACCGGAUCUGCGGAUUCUUCCACAUUGCAAACUGAUCCUGCCACACCCCCUUCAGAAUCAUUUCCUUCAGUGACUACGCCACCUACUACAUCUCCUAACCCAUCCUCUCCGUCUCCAAAGCCUUCCUCUCCAGCUCAGGGAAGGCCGCACUGCGACGCAUCCGGAGACGGUGACCAUCCUCAUCCCCAGCGGUGCGAGUACUACUACAGGUGCCUCAGCGGCUAUCUGACCAUUGUGAGGUGUCCUUACAAAUAUGGCUGGGACUUUCCCACAAAGCAAUGCAAGCCGGUAAGCGAGGCUCAGUGCUUUAGUUAUAACUACUAGAUUUCUAUUUGGAGGUGCAUACAUAAGAUGAUGCAUAGGUUUUGAAGAUGAUC